AUGGCGCAAAAGGGGACUCCAAGUGCUUCCAAAGCUGUCCUGGAUUUCGAUCCGAACGAAGCCGAUCCCGUGGCGGUGGAGCAAACUCGACGUCUGCUGAGUCAAGUCGAGGCCGCCAGAGGACCCGAUGGCUUGCGAAAGGUGUUGCAUGUGACAGCUGGGGAGCUCAGUUUGGUCCAGCAGAGCCAGCCAGGAAGUUGUUGGUCAGUGGGCUUUAGCUUCGAAAGCUGCUGUGCGCCAGAAUUUGGUCCUGAGGGAAACACGGAAUGCUGGGAUGACGUUUACACCUUUGAAUCCUGUUGUGAGAGCGGCGGAGAUCCGCAAAAGGUGGGCUGCAACAGUUCCUACUUCAGGCGCUUUCGGAACUUGGCCUUUGAAUACUACAACUUGGGACGGUCCAAACCCGCCUUGAUCGAGCUCUGGCCGCGCAUCCUGGCCAACUACGAUGCGCGCUUCCUGCUGUGCCCCCCUGCGGCCUUGCAAGCGCAGCUGCUGCAGAUCGAAGAACGAGGUUUUUUGGAGAGACCGGAGACAGUGACUGAGCAGUUGCUGAGCUACACCCGCAACCUCCAGCACGCCUUCACCAGCAGUGAGGCCGAGAAAACGGACUUCGAUGCCUGGCCCUUGGAGCUGGGUCUGGAGAAACUGCGGCAGAGUGAGCGGAUCAAGGCGAAGCAGAGGAGAUUUCGGAGGUUUCCAGAUGUCACCCUGGUCUUGAGCUACUGUCGAGAGGAACUCAGUUGGAUGAACAGUUCCUUCAGUCGCAAGGUUAUGCCCAAAGUGGACGUGGUGAUGGUGGCCAAGUGCCCAGGUGUCGAUGCCAUUGAGGCCGUGCCCUUCAAACAUCUCUGGCGAUCUGUGGAGCAGUUGGACGUGGAGGAUUUGCCUUUGAGGGCUGAUGAAUGCAGUGCCUACCUAGGAUACCUACAUCAUUACUACUAUGCCCUUCCGAGACACAUGGUCUUUGUCCAUGCGGACAUGCCGGACCACAUUGGAGCCGGUCGGCCCAACAUCAUCGAUGAUACCCUGCGGGCGUUGAUGCACGGGGCCAGUGUGCCCUUUGCACAUUUGGGGAACAAUCGGGUAACCAUGAGAUGGAAUCCAGACCUGAUGACACCCUUGUGGAAAGGCCUUUUUGGCAGUAGCAUCGCACCAGCUGCUGGCGAAGUGAGCACCUACUGCUGCUCGCACUUUGUGUUGUCCCGAGAUCGCGCCUUGCUCCGGCCGAGACGCUUCUAUGAGAACGCGGUGAAGUUUGUGAUGUCGCCGGAGAGCUACUUCUAUUUGCCCAGCAAAUGGUCACCUGCGCGACAGCGUCGGGCCGCGGACUUCGACAUGAGGGGCCGCGUGGUGUGUCAAAAUAUGAUGUUCCUUUGGCAUAUCUUCUUUGGCGAGCCGCUAGAGUUGCCGCAUCGGAUGUACGAUCCGUCCCUGCCCUUGUUCCUGAAGACGCGGAACAUUCGGUUCCAGCUGAUGUUCCUGGGCCCUUUCGGCCGGGUAGAUCAACCCAGUCAACUAGAACCCGUUGCUGCAGCCCUGAAACAUCGCGUCGCCUGCGUGACCUGUCGUUCCAGGCUAGAGCCGUUGGUGACCAACUUGGUAACCUUCAGCGCAUCAUCCUCGAGCCCAAAGCGGGAGUCGCAGGAGAACCCGCCGCGCCGUGAGGAGUCUGAGGCUAUGAAUCGUCCGUUGUUGUCGGCGGACGAGAGCCGGGGCCUGGAACCUGCGUGCGGCCCCUGGCCUUGCGCGCGGCAAGAUCUUGCGGCCCUCUCGGCAUUCCUGGCCUCCUUUGGUGGAGGGCCCCCCAAAGACAUGGCCAUUCCACGGCGCCCCACGGGCGAUUCCUUCGUAGGAUCCAGCCUGGACGAGACGGCCGACGAGCCGCUGCGGCGCAGUAGCGGCCGAGGCAGUGGGGUGCUGCGCUGUCAAUACCAUGCGCAAUACUGUGGCUGCGGCUUCCGCUGCACUUGCUGUGCCCGCGGUUUCACCCGCACCAAGAAAGGUGGCGCAUCGGCCACCGCCCUGGCAGCUGGGAUGAGAGCUGAGGGACGGGAGGCAGCAUUGCAGCCGGAUCUUCUGGCUUCCUAUGAGAAGGAGAGAUUUGUUGCCAUCCUUGAGAGCGGAACCAGCGAGGCCGAAUGGCGCCAGCUGGGCACCGUGGAUUUGGACGCCUUGUGUGAGCUCUUCUUUUGGCUCAGUGAACGAGGCGCACGGGCAGCUUCCAACUUGUUUCAGCUCCCCCCCGGCACCCUUGGCGCCCUGGAAACAGCGAGAGACUGGUAUGGAAAGGGUGAUGCAGUCAGCUUGAGUUCGCCUGAAUUUUCAGCCCUCUUACCAAAGUUGGAUGCGAAGAUGGAGCCAUUGACAGCUUUCAGAAUGAAAGGUCCUCCGUGCCUCCAGAUGGUGCACGCGCUUCGGAAUACUCGUCCGACCUUAAAGCACCCCGGCGUGAUUCACACCGGUAUUCUUCUGCCAGAAGGAGCGGACAACUUCGACGGAUGGGUCGAGACUGCUCGAAAGCUUCGACUUUUGCCCAUGUCCUUUUUGGCUUCUCAAGACCUUCAGAACGUCAAGCUGUACUUUUGGGCCAAUGUGGAACAGACGCAUCCCCUGAUUCAAGAGAUCUUUGCACCACUUUUGGAACAGUACGGCAAGUAUAUUGAAAUCAAGAGGUUUGAUGCGGCUGCAGAGAUCAAGAAGGUAUGUAGCCACUAUGAGGCCAAUAUUGAAAGCUUGUCAAACUUGACUGAGGAACUGGUGAAAAUGUAUGAGUCGCAAGAAUUUGUUGGUUCCAAAUCCAAUUUGAUGCGUGCUUUUCUGCUGUACAACUACGGAGGCGCCUGGAUGGAUAGCGAUACUUUGCUGGUUCAAAGCCUAUCCCCACUCCUGGAGGAGGAUUGGGUGGUCUUCAUGAGGAAAAUGCUUCCUAACAACAACGCGUUGUCGUCGUCCAAGCCUCAGUCAAAGUUCAUGACGGCCUGGUUGGCACACAUCUUGCGGCUGGGGGUAAACACAACUUACGGCGCCUAUGGAUCUCGCAGUCUGGAAGCCAUGAUACACGAAAUUCAGCACUCCGUGGCCAAUUCCACUUUUCGCGUGCUGCCCGCGUGCUUCUUUGAGGGCAUCACCAACAAAGGUGCUCGUGCUGCGGACGAGGAGAUACCCAAUCGCACGCAGUUCUUCAACUCUACUUCACUGGAAUCGAUGAUCCGAAGACGGAACUAUAUUGAUCCCAGGAGCAAGACUUAUUCAACCUUUGGAUUUCAUUGGCACAAUCAGUGGUGGAACAAAGUGGAAGACUCUUCAAUGGCAAAUGCUGCAGAAAAACUGUACUGCGAGCUGCUGAAUAUCAAGUUGAAAUGA